GCGAUGGAGCGGAGUUUCGUUGCUAUCAAACCCGACGGAGUUCAGAGGAAGUUGGUGUCUGAAAUCUUGUCUCGGUUUGAGAGGAGAGGCUACAAGCUGGUGGCUCUGAAGAUGUUACAACCCACAAGAGAAUUGCUUGAGGAACACUAUCAGGAAAUCAGGGCGAUACAGGAUCUGAAAUCGAAGAAGUUCUUCCAAGACCUCAUUACCUACAUGCGCAGUGGACCAAUUGUAGCCAUGGUGUGGGAAGGAGAAAACGUAGUUAAGCAAGGUCGAGCUAUGCUGGGAGCGACAAACCCCCAAGAGAGUGUGCCGGGGACAAUUAGGGGGGACUUCACAAUCACGGUGGGAAGAAAUAUAGCGAUGGAGCGGAGUUUCGUUGCUAUCAAACCCGACGGAGUUCAGAGGAAGUUGGUGUCUGAAAUCUUGACUCGGUUUGAGAGGAGAGGCUACAAGCUGGUGGCUCUGAAGAUGUUACAACCCACAAGAGAAUUGCUUGAGGAACACUAUCAGGAAAUUAGGGCGAUACAGGAUCUGAAAUCGAAGAAGUUCUUCCAAGACCUCAUUACCUACAUGCGCAGUGGACCAAUUGUAGCCAUGGUGUGGGAAGGAGAAAACGUAGUUAAGCAAGGUCGAGCUAUGCUGGGAGCGACAAACCCCCAAGAGAGUGUGCCGGGGACAAUUAGGGGGGACUUCACAAUCACGGUGGGAAGAAAUAUAGUACACGGAAGUGACUCGGUGGCAUCAGCCCAGAAGGAAAUCGGUCUGUGGUUUAGAGAAGAAGAAAUAUCUUCGUGGGAUUCGAAUGAUCACAUCUGGCUGUACGAAUGA